ACGAGACGGAGAGAAGCGGUAUCUCUCUCUCUCUCUCUCUCUCUCUCUCUCUCUCUCUCUCUAUUUCAUCACCACCUCUGUUUCUUUUUCUCUUUCUUGCACUUUCUCUCUCUAAUUAUUUUUUUUCUUUCUCUAAACAUUCAAAAAAGGAGUGUGGAAAUCUAGGGUUUCAGAGAAAUUAUAAUAUUAGGGUUGGAUUAUUAAAAAUCGAAAGGAUCUGGAUCUCUGAUUACUAAAUUCAUAAAGAAGAAAAAAAUGAGCUUGGAAUCGGUCCCUACGAACACGCAUGGAAACCUUGAUGAGCAGAUUAAUCAGCUCAUGCAGUGCAAACCCUUAUCUGAGCAAGAGGUAAGGGGGUUGUGCGAUAAGGCUAAGGAGAUUUUGAUGGAAGAAAGCAAUGUUCAGCCUGUUAAAAGUCCUGUUACAAUUUGUGGUGAUAUUCAUGGUCAAUUCCACGAUCUCGCUGAACUUUUCCGGAUCGGAGGGAAGUGUCCAGAUACAAACUACUUGUUCAUGGGAGAUUACGUUGACCGUGGCUAUUAUUCAGUUGAAACUGUAACUCUUUUAGUAGCCCUGAAGGUACGAUAUCCUCAACGCAUUACUAUUCUACGUGGAAAUCACGAAAGCCGUCAGAUUACACAAGUUUAUGGGUUUUAUGAUGAGUGCCUACGCAAGUAUGGCAAUGCCAAUGUCUGGAAGAUAUUUACUGACUUGUUUGAUUACUUUCCUCUGACAGCAUUGGUUGAAUCAGAAAUUUUUUGUCUGCAUGGUGGAUUGUCCCCCUCUAUUGAAACUCUUGAUAACAUUCGUAACUUUGAUCGCGUUCAAGAAGUUCCCCAUGAGGGUCCCAUGUGUGAUCUAUUGUGGUCUGAUCCUGAUGAUCGCUGUGGUUGGGGCAUCUCACCGAGAGGUGCUGGAUAUACCUUUGGCCAAGACAUAUCUGAGCAAUUUAACCAUACAAACAACUUGAAGCUGAUUGCUAGAGCUCACCAGCUGGUUAUGGAAGGAUAUAACUGGGGACAUGAACAAAAGGUAGUUACCAUUUUUAGUGCGCCUAAUUAUUGUUAUCGGUGUGGAAACAUGGCAUCUAUAUUGGAGGUUGAUGAUUGCAAGGGACACACAUUCAUUCAGUUUGAGCCCGCUCCAAGGAGGGGAGAGCCAGAUGUCACCCGGAGAACACCUGAUUACUUCCUAUGAUGCAAGUCAGAUCCAAGUUGGUGAGUACCCGGGUCUUCUAGGGCUUUUGCAAAUUUAAGGUUACAACUUCGCUAUGGUGUUGGUUGGGGUGGCGAAAAGCAUGUAUAAUGGUGAGGAGGCUUCCCUAAAUUGAUGGUUUUAUUGGUGAUACUUGAGUCUCCUGAAGAGGAAGCAGAGCGAAGCUGGCGAUGCAAUUUGCUGCAUAUGUGUAUCAUUUAGUGUGGCAUCUUUCAUUCCACUUCCUUGAUUUUUUCUUUUUUGUCUUUUUCUUUUCCCUCUUUUUUUUAUCUGUAGAAGGGGAUGGUUGUUUGGGGGUCUAGGGGGGAUAUGUAGAGGACCAAUGACUCGACUUUAAAAUGGGUGCCUUCUAUUUUUAAUUUUUAUCAUUCCUGUAGUUCUAAUCAAGUAUCCUCCAAUAUGAGCCUACGUUUCUAAUUAA